GUUGUUGUUGUCUUCAUUGAAUAUAAAAGCCAUUCUCAAACGCAAACGCAAAAGCUGAAACUAAAACCCAACAAAACUCAACUCAACUGCUUCUUCUUCUUCUUCUUCUCAGUUCUUCUCUAAACCCAAAAUUCACAACGAUUCGCCAUUGUUUUCGUUCCUUGCUUUUCUUCAUCAACAUUCUUCAUUGCUCCACUUUUAUUUACGUAGGUUUUGAUUAAAGUUGGAACUCUAGUUGAUUAGCUGUGCCAACUUUAACUGGAAGGAUGGGUAGCACAUUCAAUCCACAGAUUUUAGUGGAAAAAUUAGCCAAGCUGAAUAGCUCGCAGACAAGCAUAGAGACUUUGUCACAUUGGUGCAUAUUUCAUAUGAACAAAGCCAAACUAGUUGUGGAAACAUGGGCAAAACAGUUCCAUUGCUCUCCUCGUGAGAAGAAAUUGCCAUUUCUGUUUCUUGCAAAUGAUAUUUUACAAAACAGCAGGCGAAAGGGUUCUGAAUUUGUAGGUGAAUUUUGGAAGGUUCUUCCAGAUGCUCUUCGAGAUGUCAUUCAAAAUGGAGACGACUAUGCAAGGAAUCAAGCGAUGCGACUGGUUGGUAUAUGGGAAGAAAGAAAAGUUUUUGGUUCUCGUGGUCAAAUCCUCAAGGAAGAAAUUGUUGGGAGGCAUGCGGAAAACAAUAACCGUGAUGUGAAACCUAUGAAUGUGAAACCUACAAAUGUGAAACCUAUGAAUGUGAAACUGAGGCCAUCUGCUGGGAAUGCAUUGGAUAAGAUAGUUUCUGGCUAUCAUCAUAUUUAUGGAGGACAGACAGAUGAAGAUGCUGUAUUAAGCAAAUGCAGGAAUGCCAUUAGCUCUCUUGAGAAAGCAGAUAAUGAUAGUAAUUCAGGGAACCUCCAUGGAUCUGCAGUAGUGAAUGAGCUCCAGGGGCAUAAUGCCAUACUAAAGGACUGCAUUGAGCAGUUAACAGCAAUAGAAUCAUCAAGAGCUGGCCUUGUGUCUCACCUGAGAGAGGCACUUCAGGAUCAGGAAUUCAAGCUGGAUCAAGUCCGUAGCCAGAUUCAGGCUGCUCGUGUUCAGUGGGAACAUGCGAACAAUACUUGCAACAAUAUUCAGUCAUUAGUUGAACAGAGCUCAAAGGAAAUUCAAACCUCCAUGAUACCUGCAAAUUUUAUCUCUGGUGGGGAGCAAUCAACCCCGUUAAUGUAUGCACAACAAGGGCUGUAUUAUCAAAAUUCUGGACAUGGCGAAGAAGAUCCGCGCAAGUCUGCAGCCGCCGCAGUGGCAGCAAAGCUUACUGCAUCCACAUCAUCCAUCCAGAUGCUGUCUUGUGUGCUAUCCUCUUUCGCAGCAUCAGAAGGUGUCAUAGGCAAUCCGAUGACAGAGUCUUCUGCUGAAUAUCACUCUGAAAAGAGAACUAAGCUUGAAAAUGGUCAGUCAUCUUACGUGCCAUCUCAGAAUCCUCAACAACCUCUUCCUCCCUAUUCACUUUCUGAAACUACCCAACACAAUGCAUCUACAUCCAACGAGCAGUAUACUCCAAAUGAUCAGCCACCACCUCCACCCUCAUCAUCACCACCCCCAUUACCCCCACUGCCACCAGCACCUCAACAAUACCCGGUGCCGCAGUAUAUGCCGACUGUUGGAUCGGUUAACAAUAUGGCAUACAACUAUGGUGUGAUGCAACAACAGCCAUCAAUGGCAACCUAUCCUGCAGUUGGGGUUGCCAUGAACAAUGCUUCUCCUUUUACACCACCUAUGAAUGCUUAUCAGGGUUUUCAGGGUUCUGAUGGAAAUUACUAUAACCAGUCCUCAGUGCCUGUGGUCCCCAUCUCUCGCCAGUAAGAUUCCCAAUUCGCAGUCCUAGAGCAUCUCUUUGAGGUAAGGAAAGAUAACUUAGAACAACAACCUUUGUGCCUCUACUUAUAACAUUGCUAUUGGAAUCUGAUUCUCACCAUAUAAUCAGAUGUGCACAUAGUAAAUGUUUUAUACCUGUAGUUGACGAGGGGUGUCAAUUUUCUGAAGUUAAAAUAACUUAAUUCUGUGUUACCUUUGAGGAUAAUGGUUUUACCGAAUAGGGUUAUUUUUAUCUUUUCAUGACUGUAAAACUUAGUAGAUUUUUGCCUUGGGGCAUUUUAGAUAUGUUGUUUUAUAGUGUUGUAGGCAUGUCUUCACUUGCGGCUGAAUCUGUUACUGAUGUAAUUUUUCAUCAGUGCUACUGGCUAGCUUGCAUAUCUUUAAAAGAUUUGCAUUUUCCCCUACAGGUGCCUGGUGGACAGUUGUGUACAGACCAGGGUUAAGUUAGUUUGGACCAUUUUUUAUUUAUUUAUAUAAUACAUGACAAUUUGUUGAGAUAUUUCAGUUUUAGUUUUUAGUUACUAAA